GAGAGAUGAUGUGGGGGGUGUAAGACACGGGGAUCAGCAGACAGCAGCUGGAUUCUCGGGCUAAAAUCACCCGCUCUGAUGGAGUGAAUACCGCAGAUACACGGUUCACCAGAGUCUGAGCUGGGAUGUCCCAACAGUUCUGAGGCCGGAGGAGGAGAGGGGUUCUGGGAUUUUCGAGGUGGACAGCGAGACAUCAUGGGUGAUGGAGGGGCCUUGCACACAGAGGGCAAUGCUCUUCUGAAGGCAGUAUUCCAAGGUAAACUCCGCCUCACUCGCCUCCUCCUGGAGGGCGGAGCCUAUAUCAAUGAAGGGAACGAGCGAGGGGAGACGCCCAUAAUAGCGGCCUGUCUGGCAGGAUACGAUGAACCACAGAACCGGCAGAGAAUGGUGCGGUACCUGCUUGAGAAGGGAGCAGACCCGAACAUCCCCGACAAAUCAGGUCGGACUGCCCUGAUGCAUGCGUGUGCAGAACAGGCAGGCAAAGAGGUGGUGUCACUGCUACUGGAAAACGGCGCUGAUCCCAGCUUGAAGGAUUACUCUGGGGCCUCAGCACUUGUACACGCCAUCAAUAAGGGUGACAGGGAUACUCUCCAGGUUCUGCUGGAUGCCUGCAAAGCCAAAGGUAAAGAGGUUAUCAUAAUUACUACCGAUACAUCUCCCUCUGGUACUAAAAAGACCAAACAAUACCUGAACUCCCCACCUUCUCCGGGUAUAGUGGACAAGCUCUCCCCUGCUUGCAUGUCUCCAUCUGAGGUGGAGAUCCAUACCUCUGGCUCUGCCCCCGGUGAGGAGGAGGAAGGUAUCUUCAGCUUCGCCAUGACUUCAGUACUCCCACUACCCUCCAGCAGACCACAAGGGGAGAGGAGACCACCACCUCGUAAGCUUCUGAAAAGACUCAACUCUGAACCAUGGGGUCUGGUGGCUCCUUCUGUUCUUGCUGAGAGAGCAGAGCGGAUAGAGGGUGAUUUAACAGAGGAGGACAAGUUGGUUUCGGAGAUGAAUGGGAUGACAGUUUCUGGUCCAGGUAGACCUCUCCUGUCCCGAAGGCACAGUAUUGAGACCCAUGACCCAUCUUCUCCAAAGCUGAUGGACCGGUCCUGUUCGGAAGACUAUGCAGCCUUGUGUGGCUCUUCCUGGGCGGAUAAAGUCCAUCAGCAUCAGUCACUGUAUCGUAGAAACACGGCCCCUGAGACUCAGGACAAUGUUGCUCAGGCACCGACGGGGAUCCGUGGCUUACCACACCCCAAACUCACCCGCAUGGAACACUACGAGUCGGACACCCACCUGUGCCCUGCCUCCAUCCCCGGAUCUCCAGAUUCUGGACGUGUCUCAGUGGAGCGCCGCAAGUACAAUGCCUCUCCCUUGUCGCUGCUCACCAGCUCUUCUCGAGAGUCUCUGGAGAGCAUUCCCAACUCUGUGUCUCCUAUCACAAUGCGGCGACGUCCAACAGGACUGUUGGAACGGCGGGGAUCAGGCACUCUCCUUUUGGACCACAUCUCCCACACAAGACCUGGGUUCCUUCCUCCUCUCAACGUCAACCCUCAGCGACCAAUUCCUGAUAUCCGAGCCAAUGGAAAGCCCACAUCUCCCGUUCACUCUGGGAGCAAGAUCCUGCUGCCGGUUGCGCCAACAUCCCCAAAACGUGGACCAGACUUCAAGAUGAAGAAGAAACUGAUGAGAAGACACUCGAUGCAGACAGAGCAGAUGAAGCAGCUUUCGACUUUCCGGGAAAUCCUCACAGAAAAGGUGAUGGAGAUGAAUGGAGAUUGAGGGCAAGAGAGAAGAAAAACAAGAGAGUCAGAGCUGGCCGAGAUUUUUCAUCACCGGGUUCAUCUACAUCAUCUUUGAGGCAAACCUUCUCUGGUCCAGUUUAGCUCCUUUAGAAAUCAAUACAUACAUCAAAAAUAUGCAUUGUGGAGACAAACACAUCUGCAA